CUGAGAUGUCUGAUUGCUACAUAGACCUGCUCAUUGGUUGAAGACCAGACGCAGUGCUAGGUUGUGGCUAGUCUGCGAAAGCCUAGUCAUGCUGGCUGUAUGCUGGCGAAAAGAGCACUGCUGUUGUCCAGACCUUCAAAUGAUAGGAAGGAGCGGAUUUUCCUGUUGCUGUUAAGUGCAAACCUGCAUGACCAGGUGAAUAGCUUCUUGCUCUAAAUUUUGAGAGAACUUGAUCCAUCAUCAUCUCUCAUCCUCUUCAUCAUGAUGCUGCUUCUUCAUGUGCUGAUGCUGUCUCUUCUCUCCGGUGGUUCAGCCAAAGUUGUGCAGGAUUUUGAGACUGAAUGUGGUCAAUUUUUGGCAAAUGGAAAAUCACCAACAAGAUUUCCUGAUCCACAAUACAGGCAGAUCUGCCAAACUCUAGAUAAUGUUUAUUAUUAUGCCACAUUCUAUGACACUCACAACAGGAUCCCCGUGUACUCAGCCUACAAGUUUGAAGGGCUAAUGAACUGCACAAGACUAAAGGCGUGGUACAUUGAACCUCAACUUGAUGACAAUAAUGCAUCACCAAACAUGGAAUUCGAGAAUGGUGUGGAAAUACAAGGACUUGGAGACCGUCAAGCUCUCAAUAGAGACUAUGAGAGGUCUGGCUAUGACAAAGGUCAUCUGGCACCAGUCUACCAGGCAAACUCACAGAGCUGUGCUAAUGCCACCUUCACUCUCACCAAUGCUGCUCCACAAAACCCCUCUUUUAACCGAGGCCAGUGGAAGGUACUAGAAAAAAAAAUUGCUGGAGAACUGUCCAAUCAAUGUCUACCGAAAAAGUAUUCUGUUUACAUUGUGGUUGGGGUGGUACCAGGUUCUGAAAUCAUAAACAAUAGAGUGAAAGUGCCUAGUCAUUUCUGGACUGCAUUCUGCUGCUUAGACAACAAUAAUAAAUGUCAGAUCUCAAGAGGGUUUAUUGGAAAGAAUGAGAACAUUCCUCCCAAAAACAAAACUGUGAAUGAUUUAGAGACAGAGUUGGCAACGCUUUAUAAUGUUGAUUCAUUUGAGUUGUUUGAUAAAUCUACAAAACUCCCACCGAAGAAACAAAGCGAUUCAGAAAAUGAAAAUAAGCUCUUUCAAAAUAAAGCACCAGCGAGCUAUUGUCUGAAAGAGAAACUUUAUCAAAUGUUUUCUUUGGUGUUGUUGUUAUUUCUGACUAAAUUAUUAUAACUGUUAGCGGAAUCAUGAAGAAAAUCCUGCUCAUGUUUUGAAAAGGUGUACUAGCAUGAUUGUGAAAACCCUUAAGAACUCCAGUUUUCCAAGAAUGUUUCAAUUCUUAGAUGUUUGAUUGUAAUUAAUAAUUGAAACAAUUAUAAUAUGUAUAAUGGAGUGCAUCAUAUA